UGCUUCAGGCGCUUAAACUACCACAGCAACACAAGCGACCGGCAGAGCCUGCACUCCAACAGUAAAACACUAUGGCAAGCGGCAAAGUGUUUCUCCUGGCAGCCCUGUGCUCCUUCAUCAUCCUCAGCACUUUCAUCAGCAGCACACAGUCAACAAGCUGCUGCCUAAGAUAUGUUAGGCCUCCAGUGAAAAGCCAGCAACUGCUGGGCUACACCAUCCAGACCAUCAACAAUUCCUGCGACAUCCCGGCCGUUAUAUUCCACCUUCCAGGGAAGUUUCUGUGUACCAAUCCUUCUAACCUCAGGACUCAGAAACUGAUGAAGACUAUCGAUGAAAGGAAGAGGAAGAUCAGUCAGAUCGGAAACCCGGGCUACACCACAUCAGCAUAAACUCUAUGCAGCAGUUAAUAUCUGCAAUAUAUGACUCUAAUAUUUAAAAAAACAAAUAAUUACCCUGAUAGGGACUAUCGUGUGAUUUUUGUUAAAUUGUUAUAUGUUAUCUUAUUAUUUGUUCUGUUUUAUAAACAGGGAAGUGUAGUAUUUUUGAUACUCUGUUAACUGUAUGCUGUAGCUACAGAACAUCAACUAAAAAUAACAUUGGUUUUUAAAGCACAUAUAUAUAUAUUUGUAUAUUUUGUGCAGAUGAAUACUUACAUUUUAGGGUACAGAAAUGGAGUAUGAAACAAUGUGUUCAAACAAAGUUGAAUGUUUGAUUGUAUUAUCUUAUAUAUUUGUCAAAACAAUAUUAAAAGAAAUACUUAAGAA